UAUCAAAAAAUGAAAAACAUGACUUCCGUUCUUUUGAUUUUCUCCAUUUUUACUCUGCCCAGCUUUCUGACCAGUACGGAAGCAGAAUAUCUCUACCACGUAUGCCCAAACACCACCACCUUCACCCCAAACUCCACCUUCCAGUCCAAUCUCAACCGCCUCUUCUCCACCCUCUCCUCCAACGCCUACCGCUCCACCGGCUUCUACAACACCUCCGUCCAAACCCCAAACAACGCCGUCUACGGUCUCUUCCUCUGCCGCGGUGAUGUCUUGGGAACCGACGCUUGUGAAACCUGCGUUGCCAAUGCAACCAGCGAGGCUCCCCAACGAUGCCCCAUCGAAAAAGAGGCUGUGAUCUGGUAUGACGACUGCAUGCUGCGCUACUCGUACGUGUCAUUCUUUUCCACCUCGGCCGAGAACCCUGGCGUGUUCCUGAUGAACACGCAGAACGUAACGGAACAGACUCGGUUCAACCAGGUGCUGGCGGCGAGUAUGAACGAGGUGGCUACCGAGGCUGCCAACGACGCCUACAAGUUCGCGACAAAACAAACGAAAUUCAGUGAUCUGAUUACGUUGUACAGCCUCGCGCAGUGCACGCAGGACCUGUCCGCGGCCGUUUGCGACGAGUGCCUUAGGGAUGUCAUAGCGCUAUUGCCGUCUUGUUGUAGCGGAAAGCAAGGGGGACGAGUUCUGCUUCCGAGUUGUAGCGUUAGGUACGAAAUCUACCCCUUCUACACCCAGAACGCCACAGCACAUGAGCCCACCCCUACCAAAGCUGUUUACCUGGACGAGUACUGCCCACCCACCACCACCUUCACCCCAAACUCCGCCUUCCAAUCCAACCUCAAACGCCUCCUAUCCACCCUCUCCUCCGAAGCCACGCGUUACACCGGCUUCUACAAUUACACCGCAUCCUCUUCCCAAAACCCUUAUGACACUGUGUACGGCCUCUUCCUUUGCCGCGGCGACUUGGUCUCCACUGACGAGUGCAAAACCUGCGUUGCCACCGCAACGUCGGAGGCCCUCGAGCGCUGCCCCAAUAGAAAAAAUGUUAUAAUCUGGUACGUCGACUGCAUGUUGCGCUACUCUGACGAGUCCUUCUUUUCCAGACUUGACGACAUCCCUUUAAUGUACUUGGGGAACAAGACGAAGGUAACGGCCAACGAAAGCCGCUUUUACCAGGUACUGGAGGCGAGUGUGAAUGAGUUGGCCGUUCAGGCUUCCAAUAAAAGCAAUAUGUUUGCAACCAAAAAAGCGGACGUUUCAGGGUCCAUUUCGCUGCAAGUGCUUGGGCAGUGCACGCAGGACUUGUCCCCUAGAGAUUGCUAUUUAUGUCUUCAGGGAGCCAUAGCAGAAGUUCCCAGAAUACAACAAGGGGGACGACUUCUAUGUCCCAGUUGCCGUCUUACGAUUGAAGUUUACCGCUACAUCCUCCGCACCCCCUCCUUCCCACCUCCGCUUCCUCCUCCGCCAGCCUCCAUCAGGGCAAGGCCUAAAGGAAGAAGCAGAUUAUCUCCUUACAUAAUCAUUAUUGGCAGUAUUCUUGCUUUUAUUGCUGUUACGGUCGUAUUAGUCUACUGCUUUGCAAGCAGAAGAGCAGUAAGAAAUAAUGCUCCAAGUCAAGAAAACGUUAGGGACGACACAGAGACUCUUGAGUCCUUGCAAUUCGACUUGGGAACCAUUGAAACCGCUACAAACAAGUUCUCGGACAAUAACAAGUUAGGUGAAGGCGGAUUUGGUGUAGUUUUUAAGGGAACACUUGCUAAUGAACAAGAAAUAGCAGUGAAGAGGUUGUCAAAGAGCUCCAAGCAAGGUGUACAAGAAUUUAAGAAUGAGGUUGCAUUGGUAGCCAAACUUCAACACAGAAAUCUUGUUAGGCUUCUGGGAUUUUGUUUGGAAGGAGAGGAAACCAUACUUGUUUAUGAAUAUGUGCCUAACCAAAGUCUUGAUUAUUUUCUUUUUGAAUCCAAGAAACGUGAACAGCUGGAUUGGUCAAGGCGUUGCAUGAUAAUAGGAGGAAUCACUCAAGGAAUUGUAUAUCUGCAUGAAUAUUCAAGGCUUAGAGUUAUACAUCGUGAUUUAAAAGCGAGUAACAUUCUGUUAGAUGAAAAUAUGAAUCCAAAAAUAUCAGAUUUUGGUAUGGCAAGAAUGUUUGGAGCCGAUGAUCAAACUCAAGGAAACACCGAAAGAAUUGUCGGCACCUAUGGUUACAUGGCUCCAGAAUAUGCAAUGGAGGGAUUGUAUUCAAUAAAAUCUGAUGUAUUUAGCUUCGGAGUACUUUUACUUGAGAUCAUAACGGGGAGAAAGAACUUUUUAGGUUUUCAUCUGACAAAUGGUGCACCGACACUUAUAGGAAACGCUUGGAAAUUAUGGAAUGAAGGGAAAGUGUUGGAGUUGAUGGAUCCGUUGUUGAAAGGCUCAUGCAGUCCAAAUGAAUUCCUGAGAUACGUUCAUAUCGGAUUAUUGUGUGUUCAAGAAGAUGCAAACAACAGGCCGACCAUGUCAUCAGUUGUUCUUAUGUUGAAAAGUGAAACCAUUGGUCUUUCUAAACCUGAGCGACCAGCCUUCUUUACAGGGAGAUGUAUUGAUCACCAUGAUCAAGUAGCAGUAAGUGCUCACAAUUGCUCGGUCAAUGGCUUGACGAUUUCUAAUGUUGUGGCCCGUUGAGCAAGAGAUGAGGAAAUUUAUCAUUGGAAUCCAUUAACUGAACUUAGAGACGAUUAA